AUGGGAAACCAGAAUAGCAGCGGUUGCUGCGACGCGUUCUGCGAUACCAAAAAUAUGUUGGAUCGCGACGAGUUGCUUACACCUGAAGAAGAGAUGGACUUCAUGAACGCUAUGGUCAACGGAUGUGACACGCACAUUGUGUUCGCAGAUGGCGGUUCCAUGCCAUGCUCAGUUCUAUAUGACCUAGCUGAGGACUGCCUUCACCUUGUAGUGGAAGAAAAAAAACGUUUAAUCGCUCUUAACGAUGUGGAACAGAUACUCGGUGUUGACAGCGUCGCAGGGCUCAGCAAUGUGGACAAAACACUUAUUGUAGACCCACGCAUCGUCGCUUUCAGACUUAAAAGCACUAAAAAGGCAAUAUUGCUGCGGUUUCAGGAGGUGAAGGAGAGUCAAAGUUUCCACCAGUUCCUCAAAGAAAUCAUACGAGAAAACGCCGAGAAGUUGCAGCAACCUGCGUCGUCUUCAAUUGAGCCCGAGGAGGAAACAUCGCAAACCAUCAUAUUCUAA